UGCGGGAUGGCGAUCUGGCGGUGGUGACGCGGGCACUGCGGGGCCCUGGCUGCAGGGCGGCGAUGGCGGCGGCGCUGCGGGCCGCCCUGCUGGGCGCGGUGCUGGGCUGCGCGGCCGCGGCGUUGAUCCCCGCGGCCGACGUGAAGGUGGAGGUGCUGCAGAAGCCGUUCCUGUGCCACAGGAAGACCAAGUGGGGGGACAUGAUGCUGGUUCAUUACGAGGGCUACUUGGAGAGGGACGGCUCCAUGUUCCACUCCACUCACAAGCAUAACAAUGGUCAACCUAUGUGGUUUACCCUUGGCAUAAGGGAAGCUAUCAAAGGCUGGGACAGAGGUUUGAAGGACAUGUGUGUGGGAGAGAAGCGGAAGCUAACUAUUCCACCAGCCCUUGCUUAUGGAAAAGAAGGGAAAGGAAAAAUUCCACCUGAGAGCACACUGAUUUUCAACAUUGACCUUCUAGAAAUCAGGAAUGGACCAAGGUCUCACGAGUCCUUUCAAGAGAUGGAUCUUAACGAUGACUGGAGACUGUCCAAGCAAGAGGUAAAAAUUUACUUGAAGAAAGAAUUUGAAAAGCACGGAGCAGUGGUAAAUGACACCCAGCACGAUGCUUUGGUUGAAGACAUAUUCGACAAAGAAGAUGAAGACAGUGAUGGGUUUAUAUCUGCAAGGGAAUUUACAUACAAGCAUGAUGAGCUGUAGGAAAGGGUGGAAUCAUUUUUUGUGACAUAAAAUGGCAGUGACUUAGACUGCCUGGUUCUCUUGUCAUCCUCAUUCUGUGUGUUGGAGUUGACAGCUGCUGCUGGCCGAGAAACGCUGUUUGUUGUUGCGUAAAAGAGAAUUUUUGUUCAUUGUGUACAAAUGUUUUAGACUGGUCUAAAGAAAAGGGGCAUCCUUUUGUGCAGCAAAGACUUCCACACCAGUGUUGGGGUUUUUUUUAUUAUGUAUUAACUUAUUUUUCAGAAACCAAACCAACUUUCCAGUUACCAAACAGUGUGAAAAAUCAAAAGCCAGGUCUGUGCCUUUCUGUGGUUUGUGUCUUCCGAUCGCUUCCAGUGACUCUUCAAUGUAUAACUUGCAGCCUGGGGCUUAAUUACUUGGUCAUCUUUCUUGUGUGUUGCUGCUUUAAAAGCAGUUACACCUUGCAGGUGUUUUCUGCCGAUUUUUAAGAGUUGGUGCUGGGCAGCAUCAGCAGCUCUUUACGCUGCUGAGAAACUGAUACAAAGCCGAGUGAGGAAAAAUAACUAGCCUGUGCUGGUUUUGCCCUUCUGAAGGGAGAUUCUUUACUCACCAUGUCAAUAAUUAUAGAAUAGAAUGGAAUAGACCAGGUUGGAAGAGACCUUCAA